UCAAAAAUCAAAUGUCCAAGAGUCAAAACCCUAAAUUGCACUCGACCCCAACGGCCUUCCCACGGCGAAGAACCUGCGGAGGCAAUCCUCUCAUCCCGACCCUCCGGCGUCGCCGGCAUCGCUCCGGUCUCGAGACCGAUACGCAGGCUGGCCCAUUUCGGAGUUCAUGAAAUUCUCGCAUGUUCAUCGCCAGUCGGUCCGAUCCCAUGCUCGUCAAGCUCGCUCGCCGAUCCCUGCUUCGAGCUAGGAGUGGGGUCCUCGCGCUCCCCGCCGCCGGAGCUCAACCGCCGCCGCUGCUCCGGCAGUCCUCGACCUCCUCGGAGCCGCGCUCCUUCACGGCGCUGUACCUCGUCAAUGACUGCGGGCUGUCUCCGGAGUCCGCCGUCUCGGCGUCGCGGCGCAUCUGCUUCGAAUCCCCUUCGAGACCCGACUCCGUCCUGGGUUUGCUCAGGAAACGAGGUUUCUCUCGGACCCAGAUCGCGGACGUCGUCGGCAGAUACCCUGGGGUGCUUCUGGCGAGCCCGGAUGCGAUCCUCUUGCCAAAGAUCGAAUUUUUGCGCUCCAGAGGCUUUUCCGAUUCUGAUAUAGCCAUAGUCAUCAGUGCAGUCCCGAGGUUGUUGGCCAGGAGUUUAGACAACCAUUUGAGGCCUACUUUGGACUAUAUUGUCGAACUGGUGCAAUCCGGCGAGGAUGCCAUUGCAGCCAUCAAACGUUGUCCGAGGAUGUUGUAUGACGAUCCGGGAGUUCUACUCAUUCCGAAAAUUGCAACCUUGAGGGAAAAUGGAGUGCCUCCAGCAAACAUUGGGCACUUGGUUCUGUACCAUCGGUCGAUAUUCCUGGCUUCGCCUGAACAGUUAGCCGAGGCUCUGAAUAGGGUUAAGGCGUUGGGUUUUGAGCCUUCGAAAGUGGGUUUCGUCACGGCUUUGCAUGUAAUUAGGGGCAUGAGCAAGCCGUUGUGGCAGAGGAAGAUCGGUGUGUAUGGCAAGUGGUAUUGGUCGGAGGAGGAGGUUGCUUUGGCUUUUAGGAGGCAUCCGGGGUGUAUGGCGGCGUCGGAGAGCAAAAUUACGGAAGUGAUGAACUUCUUUGUCAAUGAGAUGGGGCUUGAUUCUUUGCAUAUUGCGCAGCAUCCCGUGGUGAUCUCACUGAGCUUACGGAAGCGAAUUAUUCCUAGGUGUUCGGUGUUUCGAGUCCUAUUGUCUAAGGGCUUGGUCCAUACCCAUAGCUUGGCUACAUCCUUGAUAGUUCCGGAGAGUAGGUUUAUAAAGGAAUUCGUGACCUGUUACUUGGGAAAAGCUCCCCAGUUGUUGGAUCUUUAUAAGGAGAAGAUGGGUCUUGCAAGCUAGUUCUGAGCUUUAUGCACUUGUUUGGGCUAAUAUAUGAUGGCAAUGAGCAAAGGAGAUCAUACACCUGCUGUAUUGGUCUAUGUUGAUAAUUGGUGAUGCUGAGUUUCGUGUUACUUACCUUCUCUGUUUCAUCCCUGAAGUUCUCCAUGUCUAGCUGUGUUCUAUCAUAGGCUGCUCCGUUUUUUCAUUGGGAAAGUGUGCUCGCUCAUGAAGAAAGCUUUGCUCUUAAUUUACCUCAGUUUAACCUAAACUUAAGACUUUGCUAUUUAUUUCUUUCUAUUACCGAGGUUACCUAGUGCCAUGCUUAUUGAUCUUCAUGAAAGGCCUGUUUUCUUUAUAUUAAUUCUCUGAGUAGACUUUGCUAAUUUGUGCAAUUCCAACUCUUUGGGGGCGAUAGCUUCUCUUAUUUUACCUCAAAAAAAAAAACAUGGAUGUAUAGUAAGUUUGCGGUUGUUCUUAGCUUCAUGAUAGGGUUCCCAUUCGAAUGCUUAUCAAAAUUGCUCUAAUUUGUACUGUCACCGCUUCCGUCAUUUGAUGUAUGGAUCUUGGGCUUAUGACAUGGUCUCAUAUGUGCUGAGUUUCUAUUCUGUAUCACGGCUUGAUUUGGGGUUUGAUGAUGCUGUGUAUUGAUCCUGUUUUAUGCGAGUCUAUUGCUGUGUUAAGAGGCUAACAGAGCAGAAGUCAAUUCUUGAAAUUGCUGCAUCUGCUUCAUCUAUCUUGUCUAAAUUGAUUUUCCGAGCUGUUAAUUGAGUUUUUUGAGAAAGUUAUUAGCUAUUUAUUGUUGCUACUCUAAUGAGAAUGCAAAGUGUCUGGAAGAUUCACUGAGUUGUAAAUGGAUAGAUGACCUGCUUUUCUGCAAGCUUUCCCACUAUUGAUCGCCAGAGUGGCUAACCUCGUUUGAUUCAUGUGAUUAUAUGUCUUUUCAAGCUCAAACUACCGGGGAUCGCAAAGUCUCAACCCAAAAAGAAGUGAUGUUAAUGCAGAAGAUCCAUAUGUUCUUCUGUUUCUUCUUUGUCUUCAGUGGCCCAUCGAACUCCCUCGUGGCAUCCACAACUUUUGACAUGAGAGAGCAUCUUGCAUUUAACAGGGGAGCUUCAACACUUGCAAGCAUUGCACUGAUCGUCAUGUGCUCCAUGCUCACGAUCGUCAGUUCCAGGCCAUAUGUCUCCACCGGCGACUCAAAUGUUGCUCCUCCAUCUUCUCUCCCUGAUCUGAGCCGCUCCGAAGCUGAUCGAAUCUCGCUUUCCUGGAUCCCCAGCACGCCAUCAUGCACUAGCUUCGCGAUCCACCAUAAUUCCCGAUCAUUUUUGUUUCUGCCCGGUGCUUCAAUCAGAGAAAAGCAUACGGCAUUGCUGAAGUACCCUAAGGGCAGCUUCUCACGCAUCAGCCCCGUCAUAUCGAUGGCCAUCUUCACAAUCCUGGGAUCCCAACUGUUCUCAUGGUUUCUUCGAUGGAGCGACGAGAGUCCAAAAGAGCACAGCAAGAACAUCGAACAGCAUGGCAUUAGGGCACCACUCAUGGACUUCCGAGAUGAGUCGUGUCAUGGUUCGGUUGGAGAAUUUGAAGGAGGAUGAGGACAUUUUGGCGGGGGAGGAGGGAGAGGAUCGGGGCGGUGAGGGCGAGUCAGGUACAGGUGAGCCAGGGUGAGUCGGUGAUGCGGCGGGUGGGGCCGAGCUGGGGAAGCGAGGCGGGUGGCGGAUGGGGAUCCGGCGACAGACUUGGGACGACAAUCGGAAGAGGAGGGCCCGGGUCAGCGUGCAGGUGGGUGCAGCUCAGGCCCCUGGCUACGCCUCCUCCUUCAAAUUCACUUACCAGCCAACCAAAACAAUCACAGAUUCACAUCAUGUCUUGUUGCAUCGCGGCGGACCAGAUCAUACAUUAGUGAGCAGCCGAAGUAAUUGCAAUCGCCACCGCCCAUUUCGAUUUAUUGUACGAUGCUGUAUGCUUUUAUUAACUCGCCUGACCGGACAAGUUCGUGUUUUUCGCAUUCUACUCUUUGCCGUGUUCACGCGGCACGUCCCAAAAGUAUAGAUGUCCCCGGUUGUCUUUUAAAA